AAGGCAACUUGGCAAAAGUAUUUCCUGAUCUUCCCCUCAGUGAACUUCAGAAUGUCUGCUAAUGGGACCCUCUUCUCUACAACAGAAUUUGACUUUGAAGCAGGACACAAAAGUUUCCAUCUGGUUGCAGGAGUGAGAGACAGCCAAGGGCUCGAAGCCUCCACAAGGCUCCAGGUGAACAUUGUGAAUGUCAACGACGAAAUCCCUCGCUUUACCAGCCCGGCGCGAGUGUACACGAUUCCUGAGGAGCUGGCUUCAGGCACCAUUGUGGCCAACAUCACAGCGGAGGACCCCGAUGACAAAGGUUUUACCGGCUUCCUCCUCUAUGGCAUCACGACCCCUAACCGCUAUUUCAUGAUCAACCAGUUGACCGGUACGAUCCAAGUGGCCCACAGGCUAGACCGAGAUGCAGGUGAAUUAAGACAAAAUCCCUCCAUUUCUCUGGAAGUUCUGGUGAAGGACAGACCCUCAGGGGGUCAAGAGAAUCGUGUGCAGAUAACCUUCAUCGUAGAGGACAUUAAUGACAACCCGGCCAUGUGCACCAAGACCACCUUCAGAUCCAGCUUCCAGACUUCCCCACCCUGCUCUGUGCCCCGGGAGUAUGGAUAUGACCUAUAUGGAUAUCAAUUGGCUCCCUCGCCCUGCAGCUUCUGGUUGGCCAAUGGGAAGCUCUAG